AUGGAACAACUAUUCAUCGACCACUUCCUAAGUAAUCGGAGGAUUGUCAAAACAACAGCCCACCUAAUGAGCAUAGUCCAGGGAGAGAGGGAGACACUAAAGAAAUUCAUGCAUCGCUUCAACGCCGCAACCCUGGAGAUCCGCAAUCUAGACAUGGGGUUAGCAUUGGCAGCCCUAACUACAGCUCUCCAACCUGGAAGCUUCCUGUACUCGCUAAGAAAAAACCCACCGAUGGAUAUGGGGGAGUUGAUGGCCCGAGCGCAAAAGUACAUCAACUUGGAAGAGAUGAUGGACACCAGGGGAAGUCGCAUUGAGUUGAAGAAGAAAGGGAAUAGCCGGAAGAUGGGCGAAUCCUCCAAAUCCGCGAAGAGACAUGAGGCCACUACGGGAUACCUAUCAAGGUUUAUCAAGAAGGAAGAUCCGUCAAGGGAACCUCACGAACAAAGGAGACCCAACGCAAACGAUAAGGACGAACAAUUCACAGGGGAGAUUGCAGUGAUCUUCGGAGAAUCUGCUAGUGGAGGAGACAGCAGAGGCACACGCAAAAGGUACGCUAAACAGGUGCUCUUAGUGGAGAAAGGGAAACCAAAUAGAAAAAGAAGCAGACAAGGGGAAGAUAUCAUCUUCGACAGCCGAGACGAAGAAGGGGUACAACAACCACACAAUGACGCACUGGUACUCUCCUUAUUGGUGGCAAACUACAAAUUCAGGCACGUAUUAAUAGAUAAUGGGAGCUCGAAAAACAUUAUGUUCUGGUCAGUAGUGGAAGGGAUGAAAAUUGGAAAGGAAAGACUCAAACCAAUUGCAACCCCCUUGGUUGGGUUUGGUGGAGAUGUGGUUCAUCCUGUAGGGACAAUCAUACUACCUGUGACAAUGGGAACAACCCCACAGCAAGUUAGUUCAUUGACAGAGUUCUUGGUGGUUGAUUGGCCCUCAGUAUACAAUAUCAUAUUAGGUCGCCUUUUGCUUAAUGCAGUCUGA